CGUGCGCGUUACAUAAUGUGCAUUGAGUCCUGGGUGGAGCUGGUGCCGGACCCGCCGCUGGCGGCCCGGAUUACACCGACGGCGUUCAGCACCACCGGCGAACGUGAAUAUCUACGACUUCUCAGGGAAGCACAGAGAGAUUCCACACAUUCGUCCGCGAGGCACUCCCUGGCGUCCUCGCGCCGGGAUACCCCGAGGGACAGCCCGAAGAGUCCGCCGAACAGUCCGAACAGCCCGAACACAGAACUCUCGACCGAAGAUGAGCUCAAAGGCGUUUAUAUAAAUUACGGCUGCAACAAGGAGGGCGAAUCUCUGGAGAAAAACACGGAUUGGAUCUACGAGUGGAGCUCUCGACCGGACCAGGCACCUCCAAAAGACUGGAAGUUCAAACACCCCUUGGGCAGUAAGAGGAAAACGUACAGCAUCCGCACCGCAAAGGUUGGCAAGAACGGAUUGUUUUCCAAGGAGGUCAUUUACACUCUAUUCUUCACGAAUCUUUUGUCUCUGCUCAUUGGAACCGGUCUAGGCGUUUUGCUCACCAGGCGAGGUUUGAUGAUGUCCCGCGUCGCCAUUGAAUGAAGGGUACGACUCCGGGUGUGUCAUCAAGAUUGUCACGGUUAAAUCUGCGCGGAGAGGAAGGGCUAGAGACGCAAGAAAGACUGAACAAGCCGGUGGGCGAUCGAGCCUAAAAACAGUUACACGCAGCACAUAAUUCGAUUGUCCCGAUUUAUAAUAUUAGCACUUUGUAUUAUACAUUAGCACAUUUACUCCCCCAAACCCUUCAACGGUGUACUUCUCAGAAAUUGCAUAUAUCACGUAUAAAUUAUACGCGCAUCAUAUGCUUAGGAAAAGGGAAAGCUAAGGAAAAGGGAAGAAAAAGUUAGAAAAAUGGAGUCUAUCAUAUAUAACUUAGAAUUGUUGGAACGAACUGGAAAAUGAAACAUGUCCAUUUUAUACCGUUUCUAAUGCGUUUCUAUCUGCGAUAGUUUUUAGCUUGAAUAGUAUUUAUCAGAAACUAAUUAUUGUUAGAGUGGAAAGAAAGGAAGCGAGACUGAGAGAGCGAGAAAAGGAAUGAAAGGGAGAGAGAGAAUGAGUGAUUGUUGUACCGUCAUGUGUUGGUGAAGAAAGUUUAAAAUUUAUUGAUGAAAAAAGAUCAGGAUUUAUCAAUAAGAAUCCCGAGAACGUUGCACAACUCGUCCUGUUUAUACGAGUUAUGGGAAACUUGUUGCAAGUGAGCGAGUUUUAACGUUGUGAUUUGUUACGAUAAUGAGAAGAGGAAUGUAUGUCAUGUCCAGAUAAAUUCAGAUAUCAAUUAUAAUAAGGUGAUGUCGACCGAUUAUUCCUUUUUUAAUUAAUGCGCGGCGAUUGUGAUGAUCAUCGUCUUGAUGGUAAGGAAUAGAGUUCCUAAGGAAGUACCGAUGCUUGACGUCCACCGUCUCGACGCCGACUAUAAGUGAUAGCCGGAAGGAGGGACCACAAGAGGGAGUAGACUUGUUUGCGAAUGACGAGAAUCCUUUUUUGGCGCGGCGCUUUUGUACGACAUCUUAAUAUGCGGUUUUGUAAUUUCCUUGUAAUAAAUUCACAUACGAAUUCACAU